UAUAAGGUUUGGUAGUCCAGUUCUGAGUAACCUGGAGGAGUUUCCUGUGCUGGAGAUGGGGGUGUUGGAAAAAGGAAAGCAGGGUAAGAAGGGGCCAGGGCGCCCUGCCAAACCUAAGAAUAAGAAAUGAUAGUGCUGGCUUGGAACAUCAGGGGAUUUAAUCACCCCGCCAAGCAGAAGCAGGUUUUAGAUGUAGUUAAUCAGUAUAAUGUAGAUGUUUUUGGAAUUCUUGAAACAAGGGUCAAAGAAGAAAACUCAAAAAAGAUUGUUAGCAAUGUUUUUGGAAGGUGGGAGUUUGCUCACAAUUAUGAGUACUCAGAUUUAGGCCGAUUAUGGGUGUUUUGGAAGAAGGAUUUAGACUUUGUUGUGUUGGAGAGAACUGAUCAGUUUGUUCAUGGUGAAGUCAGGGGAGAAGUUUCAGCAAGGGUAACUUUUGUGUAUGGUUCAAAUGACGUAGUGGAGAGAUCUAGAAUGUAUCGCCAUCCAACUCUAAAACCUGAUGCACUCCCAUGGAUGGUUCUUGGGGAUUUUAAUGCUAUAAAGACUGUCUCUGAAGCCUCAAACAGCCCUAGCCCAAACAAUAGCAUGGAGUCUUUUGGAAACUGGAUAGAAGACAUGGAACUUGAAGAUAGCAGAUUUGAGGGGCCAUGGUUCUCAUGGACUAACAGGCAAGGGGGAAAUCCCAUUGCUCGGAGGAUAGACAGGGUAUUGGUCAAUGCUAGUUGGUUAGCUGCAUUCCCAAAUUAUGUGGUCAAACUGCUUCUUCCAGGGCUCUCGGAUCACUGUGGAAUGCUGGUAACUACUGACUCUCUUGUUUCUACCCUACCAAAGCCCUUUAAGUAUUUCAAGCACUGGGAAUCUCACCCUCAAUACAAGCAACUCAUAAAGGAUGCGUGGGGGAAAACUCUUAAGGGCACUCCUAUGUUUGUAGUAUGUCAGAAGCUGAAGGAAGUAAAAAGAGGCCUGAAGAAAUUAAAUAGAGUGUUCUAUUCUGAGAUCUCAGAGAAGGUAAGGGAAAUGAAAAAGAAGUUGGAGAACCUGCAUCUGGUUGCUUUGUCCUCUCCUUCUGCUUCAAGUUUUCAGGACCUGAAUGAGUGUCAAGCAGCUCUUAAUAUUUUACUUCUUGAGGAAGAAUCCUUUUACAGACAAAAAUCAAGGAUGAUUUGGGUGCAGACAGGGGAUCUGAACACUGCUUUCUUUCAUAAUUCUGUAAAAGCAAGGCAAUCUCGAUCUACCAUAAAGAAACUAGUAGCUGAGGAUGGCACAAUUCUUACAGAGGUUCAAGAUAUGAGUAGGGAAGCUGUUCGGUUUUAUAAAAGGUUGUUGGGGACUAAGGAUAAGGCAGUAAGAGCUGUUUCUAGUGACCUGCUCACUCAGUUGCUCACUCACCGUCUGUCUUCAGAUCAGGGAGGCUCUUUGUGUACUCAAGUUUCCUAUGAAGAAAUAAAAUCUGCCAUGUUCUCAAUGAAUGGUGAUAAAUCCCCAGGCCCUGAUGGGUUUACAGCGGGCUUUUUCCAGCAUAAUUGGGAGAUAGUAGGGACUGAUGUCUCAACAGCUAUUAUGGACUUCUUCAGGACAGGGAAGCUCCUCACAGAGGUAAACUCCACCUACCUGGCUCUUAUACCUAAAAUGCUAAAUGCUGACUGCAUGAAGCAGUUUAGGCCUAUCUCCUGCUGUAACAUCUUUUAUAAGUGCAUAGCUAAAGUCCUUGCUAACAGAUUAAGAGAGGUUCUCCCCCUAGUUAUAAGUCAAAACCAAUUUGCCUUCAUUAAAGGGAGACUCAUUAAUGAUAACGUGUUGCUUGCUCAUGAGAUGGUUAGGCUUUAUAACAGGAAAUCUGUAUCUCCUAGAUGUGCUUUAAAGGUGGACAUAAUGAAGGCAUUCGAUAGUGUAGACUGGGACUUCUUGGAAACAGUUAUGGGGGCAAUGGGAUUUCCUAGUCAGUUUGUAAAAUGGAUUAGUAUAUGCCUGCACAGUACCAAGCUCAGUGUUAGCUUUAAUGGAGGUCUUUGUGGGUAUUUCUCUUCAAAGAAGGGGCUGAGGCAAGGGGACCCUCUGUCCCCUUACCUUUUCACAAUCUCAAUGGAAGUAUUAUCUUGUAUGUUGAAUAGGGCCUAUGUACUCAAAACCCUUCCCCCACACCCCCAAACACAUAGGAUAGCCCUAUCCCACCUUUGUUUUGCGGAUGACUUGCUCAUUUUUACUAAAGGGACUUGUGAGGCAGUGGAGACCACAAAACAGAUCCUAGACCUGUUCUAUACUGUGUCAGGACUGAAAUGCAAUCCAACAAAAAGUGAAGUUUUCUGUGCUGGGAUAGAUGCUGAAACUAAGGAUCAAAUCACUAUGAGAACUGGGUUUGUAGUAGGGGCACUUCCAGUACGAUACUUCGGAGUCCCUCUGAUUGCUGGGAAGUUAAAUACUGCUGAUUGUGCUGCUUUAGUUGAAAAAAUAACUGCUCGAAUUAAGGGUUGGAAUGUCAGAACUCUCUCCUAUGCUGGGAAACUGCAAUUAGUUACAGCUGUUAUUUCCAGUAUAACGCAAUAUUGGAUGGGGAUUAUUACCCUGCCUGUCAAGGUGAUCAAGCAGGUUGAAAAACUCUGCUCUGAUUUUCUUUGGAAUGCUGAGGAGGAGGGAAAAAAGGCAAAGGUAAACUGGAAAUAUGUGGCUAGGCCAAAACAGGAGGGAGGUUUGGGGUUCAAGGAUCUCAGAAGUUGGAAUUCUGCCUGUCUUAUCAGACAUUUAUGGGCACUGGCUUCAAAUUCCUCCUCUCUAUGGGCUCACUGGGUUCGUCAGUAUCAGCUCACCUAUACAUCUAUAUGGGACAUUCCAUCUUCAAUAAACUGUUCUUGGGCAUGGAGGAAGGUCUUAAUGCAAAGGGACUAUGCAGAAAAUCAUCUCUCUGUUAGGCAUUCUGAGGUUUAUUGGGAUGGCCAGCUUAUGAGCAAGUACUCAGUAAAGAAAUUUUGGGAGUCUCUUCGACCCAAAUAUGAUAAGGUUCCUUGGUAUGGAUUAAUCUGGAAAUCUCUAUGUACACCUAGAGACAAAGUUCUUGGGUGGCUUAUUAUCCUCAACAGGAUCAGCACAUUGGACAAGGUGCAGGCUUGGAAUCCAUCUGUUAACAACAUAUGUCCCCUAUGUACAGCUACAUCAGAGUCAAGAAGUCAUUUGUUUUUUGAUUGCCCUUAUUCUCAAAAGGUCUUGUAGGCUGUCUUUCGCUCGAGAUUCCAAAUAGGAAGAAGCUGGGAUGAGAACUUGGCGAUUGCUUUAGGCCGGUUUAAAACAACUUCACCAAAUUCUGACAGGGGCAGGCUGUUUUGGUUGACAGUGGUGAGUGAAUUAUGGCGAGAGCGGUGCCGAAGGUUGUAUGGUAGUGAGACUCUAACAGAGGAACAGCUGCUGAAGAAACUGCAGCGGAUGCUGCUUUUACUAAGGAGUGGUUUUCUUCAAGUUAGUUCAGUGGUCAGUGAGGCAGAGAUAAUCAGUAUAGUGUAACAUUUUGUUUGAUUCUUGUUUUUUAGACAGGUUUGUUGUUGAUUAGUUGCUGUAGUUGUAGCCAGGGUGUUUGCCACAGUCUCUGUAAUCAGAUAGUUUGUAGCUUGGUACCAGUUAGAAUGGUGUUUUGCCAUUCUUUCUUGAUGAAUACACAACUUAUUCAUCAAAAAAAAAAAACUAAAAAGUUCAACACAAGGCAUACCAAGAAGUUAUAAACUUCUAAGUAUGCA